AUGAGCUCCUCUGUGAAUGUCUACAUCAACAAUGGUUCCUGUGAUAAGCUGCUGUCUUACCUGAUGGGCCUGGAUCAGUUGCAGCUGGAGGAAUUCAAGCUGUGCCUCCAGUCCCCAGAGCUGCUGUUUGGGAACUUCCAGAAGAUACCCUGGGCAAACUUGAAAGCCAGUGAUCCUGCUAAUAUGUUAAGUCUGUUGGGUGAAUACUUUUCAGAAAGGCAGAUAUGGGAAGUGACCCUCAGCAUCUUUGAGAACAUGAAUCUGACUUCAUUGUGUGUGGAAGUUAGAGCAAUACUGAGUGUUCACCAAAGAAGAUACAGAGAGAGGAUGAAAGCUAAAAUAUUGAUGAUGUGGGACAACAUGCCUUGGCCUGAAGGCCACAUAUAUCUGCGCAACGUGACUGAGAAGGAACACAAAGAACUGAAGAGCCUCCUGUAUCCCAACAGGAUGGGAGCCCAGCCACAGACGAUAGUCUUGGAGGGAGUAGCGGGGGUUGGGAAGACCACCCUGGCCAUGAAGGCCAUGCUGCAUUGGGCAGAGGGCUUUCUCUUUCAGCAGAGGUUCUCCUAUGUUUUCUUCAUCAGCUGCCAUAAAGUUAAAGAGAUGAAGGAUACCACAUUUGCUGGCUUGCUUUCCUGGGACUGGCCUGACUCCCAGCCCCCCUUUGAAGAGCUCAUGAGUCACCCUGAGAGGCUCCUGUUUGUCAUCGAUGGCUUUGAGGAAAUGGACAUGCCCUCCAACUUGGACGCCAGCCCACCAUGUACAGACUGGUUUCAGCGACUCCCAGUCCACAGAAUCCUGUUCUACUUGUUGAGAAAAGAACUGGUUCCCGGGGCCACUUUGCUGAUCACAACCAAGGAGUAUAGAACCAAGGAUCUUAAAAAGCUGUUACUGGAUCCAUGGUUUGUACAAAUCUCAGGGUUCACAGAGGGAGACCGGGAGGAGUAUUUCAUCAGGUACUUUGGUGACCAAAACAAAGCAAAGAAAAUCUUGCGCUGGGUAAGAAAAAAUGAAAACCUAUUUUAUUUCUGCUCUGCGCCCAUGGUGUGCUGGGCCGUGUGCUCCUGCCUGAAGUGGCAGAUGGCAAGAAGUCCUUGCUUCCAGCUGAGCACCCAGACGACCACCAGUCUGUAUGUCUACUUCUUCUCCAGCCUGUUUGCCAAAGCAGAGGUGAGUUUGUCGGCCCAGAGCUGGCCGGAGCAGUGGAUACUGCUCUGCUCUCUGGCUGCAGAGGGGAUGUGGUUCCGGAAUUUCACAUUUGCAAAGGAGGACCUCAAGCACAGGCACCUGGAAGCAUCUCUCAUUGACACUCUGCUCAGCUUGAAUAUCCUUCGAAAGGUCAGUGACUGUGACGGGUGUGUGACUUUCACUCAUCAGAGUUUCCAGGUGUUCUUGGGGGCCAUGUUCUAUGCACUGGGAGGGACAAAAGGCUCCAUGGGCAGUCCUGCAAAGCACGAAGAGAUGAAGGUGCUACUGACAGAUGCUUUGGCCGAUACAAACUUCUACUGGAAUCAGAUGGCUCUUUUUUUCUUUGGUCUUUUAAAAAGAAACUUAGCAGGAGAAGUGGAAGCCACUUUGCGCUGUAAAGUGAGUCGCAGGAUAACAGAUGAAUUACUAGAAUGGGCAGAGGAAUUAGGAAGUUAUGACAUUGUCUCCAACUGUUUUGAAUUCCUACACUUUUUUGAGUGCUUGUAUGAAACUCAGGAAGAAAACUUUGUAAGGCAGAUUCUGAGUCCUCUCCUCGAAGCUGACCUAGAUAUUUUUGGGAAUCUACAACUCCAAGUUGCUUCAUUUUGCCUAAAGCACUGUCAAAGGUUAAAUAAGCUAAGGCUUUCUGUCACCGUUCCCAUCCCUCAAACGGAAUUGACUUUCACCACAGAAACUCUGGACUCGCACUCCAAGAUACAUCAGUGGCAGGAUGUUUGCUCCGUGUUUUGCCACGGGAAUGUGAGGGAGCUGGACAUGAGCAACAGCAAGCUUAACGCUUCUUCCAUGAAGAAACUCUGUUACGAACUGAGAAGCCCAAGAUGCAAACUCCAGAGACUGACGUGCAAGUCGGUAAGUCCUGUGCGGGUUCUGAAGGAGCUUGUCCUCGUCCUACACGGCAACCAAAGGCUGACCCAUCUGAACUUGAGCUCGAACAACCUGGGAAUUCCUGUGUCCACCAUGAUCUUUAAAACCCUAAGACAUUCCGCCUGCAACCUCCAGUAUCUGUGCCUGGAGAAAUGCCAGCUGUCAGCGGCCGUCUACCGGGGCCUGGCAUCAUGUCUCACCAGCACCCAGAGGACCACUCGACUGUGCCUGGGGUUUAACCCACUCCAGGAUGACGGCGUGAGGCUCCUCUGCUCUUCCCUGACUCACCCCGAGUGCGCCUUACAGAGACUGGUGCUCUGGUUCUGCCAGCUCGGGGCCCCCAGCUGCAAGUACUUGUCAGAUGCUCUCCUUGAGAACAAGAGUUUGACACAUCUGAACCUGAGAAGGAAUAGCCUGGGAGAUGAGGGGGUGAAGCUUCUGUGUGAGGCCUUGAGCCGCCCGGACUGCCGUCUACAGAACCUGGAUUUGUCAGGCUGUUCUUUAACAGCAGGAGGCUGUCAGGAGCUUGCUAAUGCCCUCCGGCAUAAUCAUAACAUGAAAAUUUUGGAUCUCGGGAGCAAUGAUGUUCGGGAUGAUGGCGUGAUACACCUGUGUGAGGCUCUGAAAGAUCCGAGCUGUGCACUGAACACGCUUGGGUUGGAGAAAUGCAAUCUGAUGCCUGCUUGCUGCCAGCAUCUCUCCUCUGUUCUUGGAAGCAGUAAAAGCCUGGUUCACCUGAACCUUCUGCAGAAUGACUUGGAGCCCAGUGGAGUCGGCAUACUGUGGAAGGCCUUGAAAAAAUCAACGUGCAAACUACAGAAACUUGGGUAA